AUGAGUUACCAAUCUUUCUUAAAGGCGACUUCCAACUCGAAGCCAGCCAUUCAGACGCCUUCACCAAGCUCCAUCCAGAGAAAACCUCCCGUCUCUGCGAGCCCAACCCCGUCUUCCGUACACUCUGCGACCACGCACAACCCGUCCCUAAGUCUCACAUCCAACCCACCAUUCACUCCUGCCUCGUCUGCUCCUUCGCCAACGACUACUUCGAAACCCCUUGCGCAGCCUGAACCGAGUCAGGCCGUCCAAGCAGCUCAGACAAGUCUCCAGCCGCUGACCAAGGCACAAAUCGAUGCAGCGUUGGAGACUUGUCUGAGCUUACAAAAUACUGCCACCAAAUAUCAUGAAAAAAGACCGUUUGCGGCGCUUCUUCUGGGACCCGACAACAGCACUGUGCUUCUGACUCACUACUCCAUUUCCCACGUACAACACGCAGAAACAGAAUUGGCGCGGUUAGCCUCGAUACACUUCUCGCAACCUUUCCUGGCUGGGUGUACGCUGGUGUCGACUUGGGAACCCUGCGCCAUGUGUACGGGAACACUGUACUGGAGUAACAUUGGACGGCUUGUCUAUGCUGCCAGCGAGGAAAAGCUCAAUGAACUCACCGGGGGCGGCAAUGAUGAGAACAUGACAAUGUCUCUGCCAUGCCGCGACGUGCUGAAGGCUGGCCAGAAGGACGUCAAAGUCAUCGGACCCGUCAGCGGCUGGGAAGAACGAGUGAUUGCAGAGAGCGGGAAAUGGUGGAGGGAUCAUCAGUCUACCGAGAAUGGGCAGCAUCUACGAGCGGCUAGUGUCAAUGGUAGUGAGAAGCCCGAGAGUGUCUCCAGCGUGCGACAAGGAACUCCGACCACCUGGACAGGUGAGGACAGUGUCCUGAGCCGCAUAGACGAUGAAGGGGAAUACAAGGCUGAUCUAGACAUUGACUGGAUGAGGUGA